AAAACAUACAUAAAUGUUAGUUUGUAAGCUUUCGACAUUUUUUAGCAUAUAACAAAUGUAUGUGCAGCUAUAUAAGUUUAGAAACAGAGCUAGCUUUUAGAACUCAUCGUAGUAACACACAAGUUCUCUUAAUUUAUUCCACAUCAAAACUCCUGUCACCUUCUUGAAGUUCCACUACCUCCAACGAUGAAGACAUCACUGCCGUCUCUCUCCUUCUUUCUCCUCCUGCUCCUACCAUUGCUAGCUCAAUCCUCCGACGAUCUUAUUGACAAAAUCUGCAGAGUGACGCCGUUCAUCGACCUCUGUGAAGGCUCUCUCCGCCCUCUCACUCCCUCACCUUCCGACCCCAAGUCUCUAGCCUCCGCAAUGGCUUCCGUAGUUCUAGGUAACAUGACUGAUACCUUAGGAUAUAUCCAAUCUCUGAUCAGACACUCUCACGAUCCGGCGGCGGAGCGAGCACUGGCGCAGUGUGCUGAGCUGUACCGGCCGGUGGUCAAGUUCAACAUUCCUCAGGCGAUCGAGGCAAUGCGGCGAGGGGAGUUCGGUUUCGCGACGUAUGUGCUCGGAGACGCAGAGAAACAGACUGAUACGUGUCAGAAAUGGAUCAACAGUGCCGGUGCUGAUGAUGAGAGCUCGGUGGCUCUUACGGCUAGAAACAAGCUGGUUAAGAAUCUUUGUGACGUGGCAAUAUCUGUGAUUAAGUCUUUGAUGAAGGGUCGUUGAGACAAGAAUCUCUGUUUCUGUUGCAAAUAAUUAUUAUAUAUAUACAUAUUUGUAAUUAUUGUCUCGAAUAAUUUUAUUUUUAUCGAUUCGGAAAAUUAAUAAGUAAUUUACACAAAGAAUAAUCAUCAACAAACUGAUUCUUGAGAGAGUUGGAAGUAACCAAUUUAAUCUGUAUCCCACCCUUGUAAGUUGUAACUCUCUGUUGAUGAUAAAUG